CCGUUGAUUUUUUUCUGUUCGUCGCCAUCCUGAGUGUUGCAGGAGGAGACAUAGCGGACACUACAUCGGUUUUUCUCCUCUUAAUCAUGCACUUCUAGACGGCAGGAGCUCGUGGAAAAGUGCGUUUGUUUUGUUGGGAAAAAAGCUGAUUUUCGGACUUUUGUCUCUCGGUUUCGUUUGGAGAUAGUGUGCAGUAUCUGUGCUCGGGAAAGAGGGAGGCGUGAAAGAGAGUGCUGCUGGAAAACUUUUUCGCAAAGGUGAAGAAAUAGGGAUCUGUUGUCUUCUUGAACACGUCGGCGUGAAGGCGAAAAGUUCGGGAUGUCUCUCUCGGUACCUCAAAACGGUGUAAAGGGGGAUAAUGAACCCAUCAUCGAGCUUUUUGUGAAGGCUGGCAGUGAUGGGGAGAGUAUUGGAAACUGUCCAUUUUCUCAGCGUCUCUUCAUGAUCCUGUGGCUAAAGGGUGUGGUCUUCAAUGUCACCACUGUGGACCUGAAGAGAAAACCAGCUGAUCUGCAGAAUCUGGCCCCAGGAACCCACCCUCCCUUCAUCACCUUUAAUGGGGAAGUCAAGACGGACGUCAACAAGAUCGAAGAGUUCUUAGAAGACGUCCUCUGCCCUCCAAAGUACUCCAAACUUGUUGCCAGGCACCCAGAAUCCAACACUGCAGGCAUGGAUAUAUUCGCCAAGUUUUCUGCUUUCAUCAAAAACUCAAAACCUGAUGCUAACGAGGGAUUGGAAAGGGGUCUGCUGAAGACCUUGCAGAAGUUGGAUGAGUACCUGUGCUCCCCUCUGCCGGACGAGAUCGACCACAACAGCAUGGAGGAGAUGAAGGCCUCGACACGCAAGUUCCUAGAUGGCGAGGAGAUGACACUGGCUGACUGCAACCUGCUACCCAAACUCCACAUCGUCAAGGUGGUGGCAAAGAAGUACAGAGGCUUUGCGAUUCCUAAUGACAUGACAGGCAUCUGGAGGUACCUAAACAACGCCUACAAGCGUGAGGAAUUCACCAACACGUGUCCCAGCGACAAGGAGAUUGAGAUUGCCUACGCUGACGUAGCCAAACGGCUUGUCAAAUAAUGGCUGUAGUUGUCCUCCCCUCCCUGCGCUGGGACUGUUUAUUUUCCAUUACACGAGAGAGAGCGAAAACAAGCUAUGGACUCCUUUUUUUUCCGUCUUUUUUUAUUUAGACUAAAUACCCAAUGCAUGAUUUCCCUAUUGCAGUUCUUUAGGAUAUUUCAUUUAUUGUCAGUACAGCCAGAGAGGCUAUCACACUUCAAUAUUUCAGUCUUUAUUUUCUUAUUUUAAGUGUUAAAGCAGGAAAUGCCAGAUGCUGUUUGUGUAUCGAUGGCUAAUAGUGUGUGUGCCUGUGUGUGCUAGACAUGCACACAUAUCUAAUCUUUUCACCCACACUAUGUAGCAAUAACAGCGUGGGUUCACCAGCCAUUUGUUUUAUUAAGGAUUUAAAAUAUGAAAAACAAAAAUGCUUUUUCUAAGCUUGCAAACUUAAUACUUAUGAAGCAGUUUUUUAUUUGUUUCAGGCUAUAUGCAUAUGAACAGUGUUGAAAGCUCCAGUGGUUAUUUUCAGAGAGUCUUAGAACAGUGUAGCAUUCUGGACCCACAUAAUUCUCCGAAUGAUAUUUGAGAUGAAGUACAUAUUGUUUUAUGUUAAUAUGUGAAGGUUAACACUUAAAUAUGAAGUCCAUAUCGUAUACAUUAGUCGUCAGUUGUUUGCAGAAAUGGCACCUUACAUAUCAGGUAGUACAUACUGUACUGUAGUGAAUUUGUUGCAGCACCUGUUGCCUUUUGAUGAAGGAAAGACCUCUUUAACAGAGACUAUAGAUAUAUGAAGAUAUUGUGUAGAUCUGCCUUAUUCACUCUAGCAUAAUUAUUUUACUUUUAAGAGUGCUGCACCAUCCUAACUGCAUCCCAUGGCAUGACAAACAUGAAAGGAAAAGCCUGUGUAACUCGAGGUAGAACUACAUCUCUUGCACUUCACAAAUAGUGUCCUUAACAAUACUUGUGAAUAGUAGCAAAAAAUGAUUAUAAGGAUAUGGUUAGAGUAGACCAGGGGCAUCUCAUUUAAAGAUUGUUGGGAUUUAAUCAUUUUGAAAGGGUACGAGAUAUCAAAGAAAGCCACACAGCAGGAUGAGUAAAGUUAAAGUUUAUUUUUAAAGGCUCAGAGUUUUUUUGUGUUUUUUUACAUUAAUACAGAUCUGUUGUGAAUGUAAACGAUCUUAAACUGGGUAAUUUUUUAUUUGGAGAAAGAUAAAAUGAAAGAAAUUGGGUGCCAUAAUUAUUAUUAUUAUUAUUAUUAUUAUUAUUAUUAUUUUGUAUUUUGAUAAAGUAUAAUAAAUAUUUAGUUUUCAGAGAUUAACAUAUAUAUUUUAUACAUUCAUGAAGUGAAUGUAGCAGAAUGACUUUUAAUGACACCUCUGGCCUUAUACGUUUUCUCAAGGUAGCAGAACAAUGUAUCAUUCAGCUUUACAUACAAAUCCAAUACAGCGUAUAAGGGAAAAGGUAAGACAGUCUUGACAUUCAAAAAGAGAUGGCAAAGAGGAAAAAAAUGGUUUGGCUAAAACAUCUGUCAGCUAUUGGCUGGAAGUGAGUUGCUGCGCUGUGAAAAAACAAAACAAAAAAAAAACAGCAAGUUUGCUUGUAGGUCUCAAGGAGGCUUGUUUUUUAAUGCCACUCUUCUGCUUGAGCAAAUCCAAUAAUGGAGAAGAUGGUUGUGUAAAAUUCAGGUGGAGAUUUUUUUUUGUUCAGCCUAUCCAGUUUGCUUUGUGUUUAGUGCAGGAGAGCAUUGACAACUUACUAGUUGGACCAGGGGAAGACCAGAAAAAUAAAAUCCGUUUUUUGUUUGUUUUUUGAGAAGUGGAGAAAGAGAUGCUCCCUCCAUGUUUCAGCCAUGUUUUACUCUGAGAAACUGAAUGUUAUUUGUGCUUUGCGUGGCUUUUUAUAUGAACCUGUGUGUGUGAAUGCAAGAAACAGGUUUGACAUUAACUACAAAAACACUGCAUGAUUGCCAUUGCACUCUCAUUAAAUAAACUGCUGGCAGCUAUAUUA